UCAGUGGCAGCGGUACAUAUUUUCGGCCGGGACAGUAGCACGACCAGCAGCAGCGAAAGUGAGAAAUAACUCCGUGAACUGGGAUAAUUCUGACCGCGAGGACUGAUGAGCAAAUAAAAACACAUAUGAAGGGCAGCAGGAUGAAUGUGGAGACUCUCAGUAAAGCUGAACUUCUGAUGCUGCUCAGCAUUCUGGAAGGAGAACUGGAAGCACAAGAUGUAGUCAUACACACACUCAGGGCACAACAGAGAGAUGCAUUUGUACAAGAACGAUAUGGACAUUACAGCCUUCGUGACCCCUUCAUAGCUCUGCUGAGAGACAGCGAGCUGGCUCAGGCUCAGGAUGAUGGAGAGCAGAGUCCUAUGUGUCUGAACCCGCUGGGCGUGUUGAAGCUAGUGAUGGCCCACUGCACCAACAUGAAGGAGAAAAUGAUGAAACAGCUCGCUGCUGCAGAGAGGAGACACAGACGGGUAAUAGCAGAUUUAGAAGAAGAGAAACGACGGCGUGCUCAAGACAAUGCUGCGGGUGAUGACAUCACUGCCAUGCUGGAGAAGGAACGAGACAGACUUCUGCAACAGCUGGAGUUUGAGAGGGCUCAAGUCGAGCGUUUAGAACAUGAGCGGUCAGUCCUGUCGAAUCAAGCUGAGGAGGAUUUAGCGCAGCAGCAACAGUUAUCCUCGACACUGGCGAAAGAAUGUCAGAAGGCUACAGCACGGGCAGAGAAGGAGAGCCAGCGUGUUGCAGAGCUCAGCCGCCAGCUGGAACAGGAGAGCAAUAUCAUCAAAUCCCUAAAGGGAGAGCUGGAGAGCGAACACGCUCAUGCUCAGCAGAUAGAGGCGAGAGCUGAGAGAAAGCUAGCUGAAUUGGAUACAGAGCGUGAGCAGAUGAGAGGGAAACUACUGAAGGAAGAAAAACGAUAUCUGGAGCUUUUGGAGAAGUUCAAUAGCCUAAAAAAAGAGUUGGAAGAAAUGAAAGAAAGAGAAAAGGCGGCACUGGAAAAAGACGAUGAAGAAAAGGUAAAAACUCUGCAGAAAGCAACCACAGGGAUCACGCCUCUUAUUAGUCAAACAGAAGUCGAUGGCAAAGUCAUUGCAUCUAAAUCAUCUCCGCAACCCAAGCUAAAUGGCCACCACACUCCCAGAGAACCAGAGUCUCCAGCAGACGAGAGAUGCAAGGAAGUGGGAUCAGCAGACAAUUGGGUAGUGCACCCUGGAGGAAGUGGAGCCUUGCAGUGUCUCUCCCCCAGCAGUCCUGCCUCGUCCUCCCUUAGCUCAUCUCCUUGCUCUUCCCCAGUACUAACCAAGCGUCUGGCCUCUAUAGGCUGCUCUAGUCCGACCUAUCCAUCCUCCUACCAGGCCAGCAUCAACCAGCGAUUCCAAGCAGCACGCCACAAGUUUCAGCAGCAAGCUGAGGCAGAGCAGCAUCAUGGAGCAUCUAUUGUCCACUCGCCUCGAGACUUGUCUCCUACUGCAGCUGCUCCUACUACUCCAGACAAUUCUACUGCAAAGCAGAUUGCCCGCAACACUGUCACUCAGGUGCUGUCACGGUUCACGAGCCAACAAGCAACAAGUAAACCAUCUCCGUCCAACAGCUCUCCCUUUGGCACUGAUUACCGCAGCCUGGCCGCAGCCUCUUCGCCGACAGGGAAGAGCCCAGGGGUUCUUUCACCAGGAAUCCGCUCACCAAUUAUUCCUAGGGCGGAAAAGAUUAAUCCAGCCCCUGUUCCUCCUAAAAAGCAGGGUGUCAACCAGUCUCCUGGCUCACCUGUUCCUUCUGGCAGGGCCAGCCACUUCCCUGAGCUCUCUGGGAGCUGUGGUCUCACCAGUGGUCAGGAAGAUGCAAAAGAGCUUGACUUGGUCAUGUCGUCAUCUAGUUAACCAGCCUGGAGUUCACACCUGUUCUUAGCCUUCUCCACUCCAUUCCAUCCAAUGGCAUCUAUAGCACUCUUGAGAACCUCAAGGUUCUUUUAUUUUAACCCUUUAACCUUGUCAUCUAAUACUUGUCAAUUCUUGUCCUUAAAGGGAUAGUUCACCCAAAAAUGAAAGUUCUGUUAUUAAUUACUUACCCUCAUGUCAUUACAAACCUGAAAGACAUUCAUUCAUCUUUGGAACACAAAUUAAGAUAUUUCUGAUGGAAUCUGAGAGCUUUCUGACCCUCCAUAGACAGCAAUGAAAUUACCAUGAUCAAUGCACAGAAACGUAGC